GGAGGAGGCGGCGCGGCGGCUCGGAGGCGCCGGGCCCUCUCGGGGCCGCGCGGGGCCCGGGUGGCGGGGACGGCGGCGGCGCGGCGGGCGGAGGAGGCGGCGGCGGCGGCGUCCUCGAGGCCGGCGCGCGCCCGAGGAGGAGGCCAUGAACGGCGACCGGACCGAGAGCGACUGGCAGGGGCUGGUGAGCGAGUACCUGGUGUGUAAAAGGAAGCUGGAAAGUAAGAAGGAAGCCCUGCUGAUCCUUUCCAAGGAGCUGGACACAUGCCAGCAGGAAAGGGACCAGUACAAACUCAUGGCCAAUCAGCUUCGAGAGCGCCACCAGUCCCUCAAGAAGAAGUACCGCGAGCUGAUCGAUGGAGAUCCAUCACUUCCCCCUGAAAAGAGGAAACAGGCUAAUCUUGCACAGCUAUUGAGAGAUUCUCAGGACCGAAACAAACAUCUGGGAGAGGAAAUGAAAGAACUUCAGCAAAGGCUUGGAGAAGUCCAGGGCGAUAAUAAGCUCUUGAGAAUGACAAUUGCCAAACAGAGGCUGGGAGACGAAGAAAUCGGCGUGCGGCACUUUGCAGCCCACGAGCGUGAAGAUUUGGUUCAGCAGCUGGAGAGAGCGAAGGAACAGAUCGAGUCUCUGGAGCAUGACCUGCAGGCCUCUGUGGACGAGCUGCAAGACAUUAAAGAAGAGCGGGCUUCCUACCAGGACAAAGUCGAGAGGCUCAACCAGGAGCUAAACCACAUCCUGAGCGGCCACGAGAACCGGAUCAUUGACGUGGAUGCCCUCUGUAUGGAGAACAGGUACCUUCAAGAGAGAUUAAAGCAACUCCACGAAGAGGUCAACCUCUUGAAAUCUAACAUUGCCAAAUACAAGAAUGCUCUGGAGAGACGGAAAAACUCAAAAGGCCAGGGUAAAUCCAGCAGCAGUGCUCUGACUGGAGUCCUCUCUGCAAAGCAAGUUCAGGAUCUGUUAUCGGAGGAUCACGGGUGCAGUCUCCCAGCUACUCCGCAGUCCAUUUCUGAUCUGAAAUCUCUGGCAACAGCCCUGUUGGAGACGAUCCAUGAGAAAAACAUGGUGAUUCAGCACCAGAGGCAGACCAACAAAAUCCUAGGGAAUCGGGUGGCUGAACUGGAGAAAAAAUUAAGAACUCUGGAAGUUUCUGGUUUGUGGAGUCUUCCAGGAGGCAAAGACACCAUACUGUUCGGCGACCCCGCUCUUCCCGCCAUGCAGCGGUCGAGAUCCCCGCUGCUCAAGUUCAUCGAGCCGCCCACUGAGAGCAAAGCGAGUCCCAAGGACGGGGAGGCUCAGAAGCAAGAACGAGGUGAAAGUCGUGCGGCUUCGGAGGGUGCCGGGAGGCCCGCUGUCAGCUCCUCAGCAAAUCAGAGCCACAGGAACCAGCGCAAGCACUUUCAUCCGUCAUUCCCCCAGCUACCUUCUGAGGGAGAAGAAGUAAACAGGCUUGGAAGGGAAAUUGUGAAACUGACGGAGGAGCAGGCCGCUGCCGCACCAGAAGCGGUCACAAGAGAGCGUCCUGCGGAGAGUCAGAGGGACGAGAUGGGGCCAUCCCCGCCGGGCCUGACCGCCGACGGGUCGUGCCCCAAACCUUGCCCGGAUUCCUCUGAGUCCAGCCAGCCAGCGGCCAAAGCUACCACCCUGGAAGAUGGCAAGGAGAGACCUGAGGGUGGAGGUACAGGGAGCACCAUGAAAACCUGAAGGGGAAAGAGAUCAGGCAUGAUGUCACAUCGAAGGCACCAGGGACGGUAAAGAAUUAAGCAUCAAAACAGCUCACCGAAGCCACGUUCUCCUAAAACACCUCCAAGUCUGCACGCCAGAAAGGACACACAGCUCCUGUUGCAAACUGUGACUAUUCUGAUGAUACCAGCACAGUUUGAUGUAGUAAAUGCGGGUCCUCAAGCUUCUCAGUGUCAUCUCUUUCUGCGGAAGCUGCACUGCUGUAAGCGCGGCCAGGCACGGAAUUGUGUCAGCCACAUGGCUGGUUUUCAACAUCUAUCUUUCCGUCAGCACUCGUUUUCUUAGCGAUAAGAUGUUUUUCCAUUAGCGUUUAAAGUUGUCGAUCAAAAUUGUGGGAAGGGCUUGAAACGGAUGGGGUUUUUCAUCAGGUCCCCGCCUUUGUCAUGAUGAGGCGGCUGUAGGGUAAGCUGUAAUUGAGCGCAGUGGCUCCAGAGGGCCCCCAGCUUCUCUCCAUCACGUCGGGGCCCAGUAGGACCCACCCAGCAUGGGUGUUCUCGGCAUCCUGCCUGCCGUGCUGUCUGCAGUGGCCUGACUGGCAGGGGGAAAGGGGCUUGAGUGGGCUCAGAAGGUUCGGCUUCCAGUUUGAAAUCCACAGCCCCUGUUGAGACCUGUCUGCUGACUACUAGAGCUGAGUUUUCCAGCCUGUAAUUCUAGGGGAUUAAUCUACCUACAGGGAAGGGGGUGGGGGGCGGGGGGUGGUCUGUGGAUAGGUAGGGAGGAAGGGGACGCCAACGGUGUCUUGAUGUGUUGUUUCUGGGAUGAGAUGAGAGCCGGAACCUGGGAAUGCUGGUUCUCUCCCUUCAACCCUGACUACGUGUAGGAUUUUACGGUCCUGUGGGGCUGGGGCUGGAGCUGCUUAGGGCCAAUCCAGAGUCCCCACCUCCUGAAACCUCUACCCAGCACUGCACCAGAAUGCGGCGGCCGCCUCCUCCGGGCUGCCAGGUGCGGGGGUCUCAAGACAAGACAGAGCUCGUGGCCCCAGAGAGGAAAGAAAGGGAAAAACGAAGUCACCUCAUGACAGCCUGGGGAGGGGGCUGUGGAACCGCGUUCGCGCUCCGAGAGUGGGAGAGCGGCGAGCGGUCAGCCCCACCUGCUUCUUUCCUUAGGGAUAAAAUUAGCUUUCCUAGGCAGCAUCGGGUGCUGCAGCACGUUGAAGGUGCAUCAAAGGACAGAUCUUUCAUUGUGCUGAAUGCAGUGUGUUUCCCCAGCAAGACCUAACACUAGAUCCCAAAGCUCAAAAUGCCCCUGAGAACCAGAAUCCCUCCUUUGAGAGACUCUCCUGCAGGGAAAAGAGAAGUUCCCAAGGUAGGAGAGGUAGAAAAUUCGUCCGUUCAUGCUGGAAAUCAGAUGUUUAGACCAGGCUUGUGAUCCCAGGUGUGAAUCCCGGCACACACGCGGGUGGCCAGCACCCCCGCCCCACCCCUACCAGCACUUCCCUGCCACAUGUCUCUCCUGGCAUCACUUUGCCAGCAGGAUAGGAUCCAUCAGACGUUGCGCUAUCUCGCUCUGAAGGAGCUCAAGGUGCAGACCAGAGGGUCUGGUCCUCUGCCGAAUGCGUCCUGGGUGGACCUCCAGCUGCUUUCUUCCCACUCACCUGAGGCCACCCCAGGAUGACCCUCAGGUCACCCUCACCACCUAGCAGGGUGCAGGCAUGCCUGAGUCAGAGCACUGUGGCUCCUGGUAAGCUGGACACGACAUCUACCCCUGCCUGUCAGGCCCCGAUGCCCCAUUCAUCCCUCUGUGCUCCAGCCUCUCACCCUCCCAGAUUCAUUCCCUCACCUUCCCCUCCAGGGAGGUAGCAAAGCUUACCUAGGCCAGCAGCCACAGAAAUCAUUUUCCUGCUGCACCAGGCCUAAACUCUGCAAAUGUUUAGCACUACUGCCAGAGUCACCAAAGGAACACACAGCCAGAUUUAAUACGAUGAUAAUAAAAAGAAAAAUCUCUCCCACAGAAGCCUUGGUUUUGACACACGGUUGGCCAGGUGCAUGUCUUUAGGGCCCAUUCAUCACCUUGUGGAAAGCAGGGCUUAUAAUAAACCCCAACACAUUCCAUCAUGGACAAGAAAACUGCCACGGGUCCCAGAGUACAGGGUCAGGGCAGAGAAUCAUAGGACGCAAUAUCCUAAACUCUGUGUGUCCAAUCAGCCGGGGUGGGGGUGGGGGGUGUCUUGUGCUGUUAGAUGGAAUUGGAACCAAUGAGUUGAUCCUGUCAUAUCUGUAACCUUGACAUUGCCCUGUACACACAAGUGACACUGUCCCACCUCUGCUAUCCCAACGCAACAUGGUUCUUCUGUUCCACAGACAUUAAAAAGAGUUU